AGUGCAGACACCAUGGCCCUUGCACUGGUCACAGGACUUUGUUCAAAACAGGUCUGUUAAGUGUAACCAAUAUGCUAUGUGUCAAGUCUCGGGGAUAGGCUACUACUUUUACCAAGGGUCAAAUUAGAAUUCAGAGCUUGACCAGCACAAUCAUUAACAAUGACUUCUUUUACUGACAUUGGAAUAUGUAUAUGGUAGAUCUAUAUAUUUUCUGGGUGUGUGAGUUUGUUAUGUUUGUCUUCAGUUAUUUAGAAUACAAUAGAGCAAGGUGGGUUUUCUAUUACUUCAUACAGUAGUCAUUACAUAUGAUCCGUGCAGGAACAUACACUAGUACAUGGAUAGAAACAUGCACAUCUCAUGAAAUGUUUCUAUCAAACUUGACAUUUUGUGGUCUACAUGAAAACGAUGUAUAUUUGAAUAACCACAAUAAAUGACACAAAAUAAUGGCUGAAUCAUAUAUAUCUUAACAUAAUGCAGUAUGGAAUAUGUAUCUUUUUUUUCUACUUUUGGUUAAUCCUAUACGCACACGCCCCCUGGUGCGUCACCGAGUUAAGCCUCUCUCCGCCUUUUCACGUGAACGCGCUUUAAGCCGAAUUUAAAAAUCCAGGGUUAACAAAGCCUGCGGAUGUCCCUCGCCUCAGUGGUAGCUUCCUUCGGGACCCGAUUUCGGUGCUUUGUUGGUAACUGAACCGGCAGAGUGUGGGACGACAGGAAGAAGAGUAGUUUAAACUUGACUUUCCGCUGUCAUAAUGGCGGAGCUGUGCGAUUUGAUAAGUAAAUCUAGCCUUGAAACAUCUCGGAUAACUGCGUCCGUCCAGGCUGCAGUGGAAGGCGAGAGCAAUCAAUUAUCGAUCGCAGCACUCAUAGAAGCAGAGCGAGAGCUUCAAAUGAUGAGGAAACAGGAAAGAGCACAUUUUUUCAGCACCAAAGAGCAAGAACUAAUUUUGAAAUUGUAUGAAGAAGAAAGGGAUAUAUUAACGGCUAAAUCCAACACCUCAAGUGCCUCUAGGUUAAGAGAGGAGGCGUGGCAGAGAAUAGCUGAUAAAAUCAAUGCGGCUUCUGAUAGUGGCUACAAAAGAAGUUGGCAACAAGUAAAAAUUAAACAUAAAAACAUUAUACAAUCAGCCAGACGACGAAGAGCAGAGAUGUUGAAAAAUGGAUUUAUACCCCCUUUGUCCCCCACAGACAUCAUGCCACAGAAAGACAGACUCCGAGUAGAAGUCUUACCAUCAGCUGAAUGUAUUGAGCCACUGAGUGAUACUGAAGCAUCUAGUGCUUAUAUUAACGUAUCAGGCCAUCCAGUUAUCCUGAUGCCUGUAACAAAAACUGAACCAGAAAGCAUGAGCAGUGAUGAGACAGACAUCAGUGACACACAUUAUGAAGGUAUUGAUGUGCACAACAGCAGCAUGCAAGAAGUUAUUUCUGUUGGUAAUAAAAAUGCCUCCAGCAGUAGGAGUGUUGAGCAGGUGCAGAAGGAUGAUUUAAGAUCUCUUUAUUGCACAUAUCUCAAAAAGGAAAUUGAGAAUCGGGAACAGCUGAUGGCUUAUCGAGCACUAAAAAUGAAGAAGCUGGAGAAAGAAAUUUUAUUAUUAGAUAAACAGUUAGCGUGACAAUAUAUAUUCUGUUUUACAAGUUUGAUUCAUUCUACAGUAAUACAUUGGAACUGCUGUACACCAUUAAUUUUUAUGACUAAUAAUAUAAUAUAAAUGGUGUGCAAAUACAUUUUAAUUUUGACAUUUAACAUGACAAAUGUAAAAGUAAAAAACAGGAGACUUUUGUUUUUAAAUGGUCAUUAAAACUGUUUACUGCCCUAAAGCACUGAGGGGCCCAGUGGAAGACAUGAAAGAAGGAAAAAGGGGUUUGGUCCGGACAAUUUGAUCACAUAAUGAUCACAUAGUAAUAUGCGACUAUAUGAUAAAUGUAAAUAUAGUAAGCCUACUCACAACAGUACAUUUAAAGGAACGUGCAGGCCUUUCCAAGUAUGCACAAUGUUGAUUAAUGCUUUAAUUUACAAUCUUAAUUUUCUAAUUACCUUUGUGCACCCUUACAUCGUCUACGAAGCCUAUGUAGAAAAUCCUUGAGAACUUAUUUAUUUUUCCAGUCUGGAGAAUUUUACAAUAAAUUAUACUUUAGUAAAA